GUGGAUCUACUGAAGGAUCCGGUGACUACUGUCUGUGGACACAGCUACUGUAAGAGCUGUAUUAACACCCACUGGGACAAAGAGGAGGAGAGAGGAAGCUACAGCUGUCCUCAGUGUAGACAGACCUUCACACCGAGGCCUGUCCUGGAGACAAACACCAUGUUAGCUGAAUCACUGGAGGAGCUGAAGAAGACUGGACUCCAAGCUGCUCUUGCUGAUCACUGCUAUGCUGGACCUGAAGAUGUGGCCUGUGAUGUCUGCACUGGGAGAAAACUGAGAGCUCUCAAAUCCUGUUUGGUUUGUUUGGCCUCUUAUUGUGAAAAACACCUCCAGCCUCAUCUUCAGUCAGCUGCAUUGAAAAAGCACAAGCUGGUGGAGCCCUCGAAGAAGCUCCAGGAGAACAUCUGCUCUCGUCACAACGAGGUGAUGGAGAUGUUCUGCCGCACUGAUCAGCAGUGUAUCUGUUAUCUCUGCUCUGUGGAGGAACAUAAAGACCACGACACAGUGUCAGCUGCAGCAGAAAGGACUGAGAGGCAGAGAGAGCUCGGGCUGAGGAGACAAACCAUCCAGCAGAGAGUCCAGAACAGAGAGAAAGAUGUGAAGCUGCUUCAACAGGAGGAGGAGGCCGUCAAUGGCUCUGCUGAUAAAGCAGUGGAGGACAGUGAGGAGAUCCUCAAUGAGAUGAUCCGUCUGCUGGAGGAAAGAAGCUCUGAUGUGGAGCAGAAGAUCAGAUCCCAGCAGGAAACUAAAGUGAGUCGAGUCAGAGAGAUUCAGGAGAAACUGGAGCAGGAGAUCACUGAGCUGAAGAGGAAAGACCAUGAACUGAAGCAGCUCUCAGACACAGAGAACAGAGCGGACUUCUUAAGAUAUUCACAGGAAAUCACACUGGAUCCAAACACAGCACACACACGUCUGUUAUUAUCUGAGGGAAACAGAAAAGUAACAUGGAUGAGAAAAGGGCAGUAUUAUAAUAACAAACAAAGAUUCAGUGAUGGGUUUCAGGUCCUGAGUAGAGAGUGUCUGACUGGACGUUGUUACUGGGAGGUGGAGGUGGACGAGGGGGUGGGCGGAGUUGGUGUAGCAGUCGCAUACAAGAAUAUCAAAAGAAAAGGACACUCAUGUGAUAGUAUAUUUGGAUACAAUGAUAAAUCUUGGAAAUUAUCUUGUCAUGGAAAAAGUUAUGACUUUCAUUACAACACAUGCAGGACUCCAGUGUCAGGUCCUUGGUCCUCCAGAAUAGGAGUGUACCUGGAUCACAGAGCAGGUGUUCUGUCCUUUUACAGCUUCUCUGACACCAUGACUCUCAUCCACAGAGUCCAGACUAGUUCGUCGCGUUGA